AAACUAUUCUGGAUUAAACAGGAGAGCAACCAAAGCUAUACGUUGGAGUGGAGGUGAGGGGAGUGUUUGUGUCCGAGGGAACAAUAAAGGGCAAACAAACAACAAAACAAAGGAAAGAAAAGAUGUUACAGUUCCCGGCGUAUAUGACGCAGUACCCAUUGUCCACGAUGACCAUUCCGACGUCGUUUCUGCUACCCGCUCAGUGGCCCCAGCCCCAAAACGAAGAACUCCUUCUCGCCAUGGAAGAGUCCGAUUUCGAAGAAAAGUGCAACGAGAUCAGGAAGAUGAACAGCAACCUAAUUGUGAUAGGAAAAACCACUAACGAAAAUGAUAAGGAAGACUUUGACAAUGAGGCAGAUGACGAUGAUGCUGACAAUGCAGAGGAAUCUGAGGGCGAAGAAUUUGAGCAAGAAACUGGUUGAGAUAGCUGCACAUCAGCAAGAACCUGUUAGUAUGUUUUUGGACUGCUAGGCCAAAUCUAUGUAUUGAGUUUUUCUUCUAUUAAUCUUUUGGACCUAGUAUUGAGUAUUGACUUGUCAUUCAUAUCAAACUUUGUAUUAUUUCUGCUCUUUUAUUAUGCUUAAUUAAAUAUUUAUAACCUUUAAGUGGCA